AUGAGCGAUAUGUUUUAGGGAAAUAAAAGUGGAGUCUCAUAUGGAAGUCAAUAUGAUGCGUAAUAUCUAUAAGGAAAUAUUGAAUUUUAGUUUAGGUGCUAGUUUUGGUAGAAUUGCUCCGUAAGAUAAAUAAAGUAUAGGAUCUAAUAAUGGAGGUGGAAGUUUUGCAUAAGUUUCAGUUUCAUUUUUGGUACAACCAGAUCAAUACAGAUCAUCAGUUGGUUUAGAGGAAGGAGGACCAUAAAUUCAAAUAUAUGAAUAUUAAGAACCAUAAAAUUAGAAAGGAAUACUUUUCAGAAGUAGUGGAGACUUUGAAAUGUAAUUUGAGGAGAUUAGAAUGGAUAGAUUAAAUAUAGAUUAAUAAUAAAAAGUUGAAGAGGAUGCUUAAUAAUAAUAAAAAUUCAAUUAAAGGGCAUCAAAUGAAUUCGAAAUGAAAAUAUGUAAUAUUCUAUAUAUAUUAUAGAAUAUGCAGAGUAAAUUAGUACAAAUUUUAAACCUGAAAUAUAUCAGAUGGUGAAUCCAAAUAUUAUUGAAGAGAAUAAAAAUCUUUUCAACGUUAAUAUCUCUAAAAGCAUUUAUACUAAUAAAAUAACAUAGCUUGUUGAAUAGACUUAAUUGAAAUUAAAUUAAUAAAAUAGAAAUUAAACACCUACUCAUCUAUCGUAAUUAUUUAAAUUUUAUAAUAUUAGUAAAAGUUAAUAAAAAUUAUAAAGGAAAUCACCAAAUUUAUAAAGAGAUCAUUCAGAUUUGUCAUCAGAUUUUAAUUAAUAGAAUAGCAAUGAUCCUAAUUAAGAUCCAAUAUAAUAAAAAUUGGCUAAAAAUAGAGAAUCAGCAAGAAAUUCUAGGGCAAGAAAGAAGAUUUAUUAUGAAUUAUUAGAAGUUAAAGCUUAAGAAUUGUAGAAUGAAGUGGAUUCAUUAAAAUAAUAGAUUUAAAAUUAAUAAAAGUAUACAGAAAUCUGUAAUAAAUCUUAAGAAAAAGUAUUAUACUCUAAGAUAAUUAGUUUUAAAUGUUUUUAGAAUAAUAAUAAUUAUUGUUUGAUAAACUAGAAACCUAUAUAAUUAAAAAUAAAGACAAUAUGGAAAUAGGAAUGAUUUUGGAUGCUUUAAGAUACAGAACUAAUUCAAAUAGUUAAGAAAGAAAUGAUGCAGCAAGGAAUCACUUUGAUUAAAUGGUAGAAGUCUGUCUUCCAAUUCAAACUAGAUAUUUAAUAUAUGCAUUGGAAAAGAACAAAGAUUUUUUUGCUUAAUAACCAAAGUAUGUUUUUUACAAUACAAUUCCAGUGAUUAUUCUGAUUGGAUGAUUGAUUCUUUUUAAAAGACUGAUAUAAAGCCAGAAUAAAUUGUAAAGGUUAAAAAGAUGAAAACUAAAUUACAAAGUGUUAGAAAUAAUAUAUCAGAGUAUAAAAUAAUAAUAUAAAAUAAGUUCAAUUCAUAAAAUAAAAGAGUAAUUGAAGUUAAUAUAAUGUGAAGCUUUGAAAGUUGAUCAAAUGUGGGAAUAAUUGAAAGAAUGUUUGACACCUAUUUAAUUAGGAUCAUGUAUUUUAGCAAUGAGAUAAGUAUAAUUAAUAUAUUAUUAAAUAAGAACCAAUACAGAUAAGAAUUAUAAACAUCUUCAUUAUUUUUAUAACUCAAAAAUUCUUAAAUGGUAUAAAAAUUAAUUUAUAUCUAAAUAGUCAGAUGAAGAUGAAGUUUAAGGUAACUAAGAGUAAUUUACUGUACCAAAUAAUAGAAAACUUAUAAAAAAAUCAUAGAAUUGA